GGCUGGGCUUAGCUUACCCUUGGUGGGCUCACGAGAUAGAGACCAUCCCCACCUCCGCCGCAUUCUCACUGCGCUCUCUCCUCUCUAAAAGCUGGACUACCCUCGUCUUCGAAGUCGCCUAUCCUUAAAUGCCAUAGCAAUGGCAACUUUCCUGACUGUGAUCUACUAAACAGCCUCCAGCACCAUGGCUCGUCCCUACAAGUCCAGGAAUCCCCUUGGCUUCACGCCUUGGCCGGUCGCGUUCUGGACCACCAUUAUCUUCGCAUCUCUGCUCAGCAGCCUCAUUACAGUCCAUAACACUGUGCCGCCUGCCCCAAAGAGUGAGUUGCCAGCUCCUGGGAUCAACCUCACUCAAGCUUGGCUGGACCUCCAGCACCUGAGCAACGGUUUUCAUCCGUACAACAGCCGGCGAAACAACGAGAUACGAACAUGGUUACUAGAGCGUAUUGACGAGAUCGUUGCUACCAACGCCCUGCCUGUAUCAAGGAGUGGUGGGCGACUGGACUGGAAGAGCAGGGCACAAACGGAUACAGCUGUCCAUAUUUACAACGAUUUGGAUAGCAGCUUGAUUUUCGGAUCAAGAGACUCAUCAUUGAGCGUCGCCUACACUGGCGAGAAUAUCAUCGUAUACAUUAGAGGCUCGGAAGAUGAGCCCGGAUUCUGGUGGGAAGAUGGAGAGUCAGACAUUGGCCACAAGAGCGGUGUUUUAAUUAAUGCCCAUUAUGACUCCGUGCCCUCUGGAUUUGGGGCGACUGACGACGGCAUUGGUGUUGUCUCUGUCUUACAAGUCAUCUCGUACUACACAACCCAAGGCAAUCAACCAAAGCGCGGAGUAGUUGCACUUUUAAACAACGGAGAAGAGGACUACCUCAACGGUGCAUUUGCCUUUACCCAGCAUCCAAUAUCGAAAUUCCCGCAUACCUUUCUCAAUCUGGAAGGUGCUGGAGCUGGUGGGAAGGCUGUUCUCUUCAGAUCAACCGAUGCCGAAGUCACGAAAUCUUAUCAGCGGAGCCCUCACCCUUUUGGCUCAGUCGUCUCCCUGGAUGGCUUUAAGCGAAAGCUUGUUAGAUCAGACACAGACUACUCUGUUUUUGCACCAGAACUGGGUAUGCGUGGUCUCGACAUUGCUUUCUUUGAGCCUCGAGCACGUUACCAUACAAUUGAAGACUCUGCUAGGUUCACAUCUCGGGAAUCGCUCUGGCACAUGCUCUCGGCUGCGAUCGCAACAAUGGACGGGCUGACCUCUGAUUUGAGUGACAAGUUUGAGGGUCCACCGGCUGUGGCUGGCGGUGUGCAUGCUGGCAAAGGACACGAUUCCGUUUUUUUCGACCUGUUUGGGCGAACCUUUGCCAUUUUUCAGCUGCACACCUUGUUCGCCAUCUCAGUGACCCUACUUGUUGUUACACCCAUUGUAUUAAUUGGCGUGGAGCUCAUCCUCAUUAAAUCAGAUAAAUGGUAUCUUUUUGCCCGGAAGCAAGAUAUGGGUGAUGCUGGCGUUGUUCAGAUUCGGGCUUUUCGGGGCUUUUUCCGCUUUCCUCUUGUUUUUACCGUCUCCACAGCUGCUGUCGUGGGUUUCGGCUUGUUGGUCGCGAAAGUCAAUCCAUAUGUUUUGUAUUCAAGUCCUUAUUCUGUCUGGAGUAUGAUGCUUUCGGCAUGGUUUGCAAUCACUUGGUUCCUUCUUAAAGGUGCAGACUCUAUGCGACCAUCUGCGCUUCAACGUGCCUACGGCCUGUUGUGGUUGUACAUUGGUGCUUACAUUACUCUUGUUGGUGCAACAGUACUCCAGAAUAAUUUUGGGAUUGCGGGGAGCUACUUUAUAGUCAUCUACUUUGGCGCGGUGUUUCUUGCAUUACUACUCUCGUACUUCGAGCUUUUUGCAUUGCCGAAGAAAACUACCUUUGCCGAGAAGAUCAUCGGGGAUGGUGGCGGAGAGGUACCUUCCAGUCGACCAUUAACUCGAGACGAUCAGCAGUCAUCACGCAGGCAAUCAGUCGACAUGCUCCGGCAAUUGGAAGAAGAUGAUGCUAACGAACGUACCUCGUUGCUUCGAGGUUAUAGACAAGGAACGUUUUCGGGAGGGUACGGUGGUACUCGUGGUCGAUCUACGGAUGAAAGUGCGGCGACCGAUGAUGAUGAGCUCCUAUAUCUGUCCAUGCCACCGCCUUAUCCUAAGGAACAAGUUUGGAGUGGCUUUUUGCCAAGCUGGACGUGGCUACUACAGCUGUUUUUGGUGACCAUCCUGCCACUAAUUCUCAUUGGCCAAAUCGGAUUGCUCAUGACCUCAAGUCUCUAUCAAACCGCAAGCGAUGGAUCAGGUGUUCUCAUUGUUUAUCUAUUUUUGGCAGCAAUAACUACGCUAUUUGUCACACCCGUUGCGCCGUUCAUCCAUCGCAUUCAGUGGCCGCUUCCGACGAUCAUUUGUUUGAUCUGUGUAGCUACUGCUAUAUACAACCUUACGGCCUUCCCGUUUUCUGAACACUCGCGCCUCAAGGUAUACUUUCUGCAGCAGGUUGACCUCGAUAGCGGUGUUAAUCAUGUAAGCCUUACUGGUUUGAUGCCAUACGCCAAAGAUAUUGCAAAAUCGAUUCCAUCCUCCGCAGGACAAGUCAUUAGUUGUUCGGCGCCAGACUAUAGCGCUCGUAGCGGCCUCACAAAAUGCUCAUGGUCAGGCAUAGCACCGAACCCAAUGAAUCUGCCCUCCGCAAUACCUCCCGAAAAAUUUUACAAGACGUGGUUGACGUUUAAUGCAUCUCGGGUCCAGAACACAACGAAUUCCAACGUAGCACGCUUCACCAUUGAUGCGAAGAACACACGGGCAUGUCGCAUACUAUUUGACAAUCCAAUUGUAGAUGUCAAUGUCACCGGCUUUGGCACUGACUCUAGGUUUCCCCGCGUUCAUAAGGGAGUUUCUUCAAAGAGCAUCCGACUAUGGAGGCGACAGUGGGAUGACGCUCCAUGGGAGGUUUUCGUUACCUGGGCUGAUCAAGAGAAAGGGCUCGAUGGACAAGUUGUGUGUCUAUGGAGCGACGCCAAUGAUCCGAAAAGCAUUCCCGCAUUUGAGGAAGUCAAGAACUUCAUGCCAGUCUGGAGUAUUGCAACUAAAUUGAGCGACGGUCUUGUUGAAGGAUCCAAAAGAUUUAAAGUCUGACAUAUACAGCAAAUAUCAAAGCACAAAUUACGAAAUACACUUAAAAGAAAACCUGUACAUGAGCAUUAUAUCUGUCACGCAUGUAAUAUUUCAGCAGAUCACUGCAGGGCUCACUUUUCAAAGCAAUUAUCCUCGUGAAGCAACCGCAUAUCUAGAAAUGCCCCAAUAAGGACUUAUACCCCAAAUCUCGUAGUAUUGGGCAAUCCAGAUAGCUAGCAAGGGCAGAUACGUCAGAUACCAG